CAAUUCCAAGCUUUUGUCUUUUUCUUCUGUUUUUUCUCUCUUCAAAUUAAGGUUCAAGCUAGGGUCUUUGGCUUUUGCUUGCUCCCCCUAAGGAACUUGAAUUUCUGCUGUUUUCAAUCUGCACCCAGAUUGCGAUUCUGGUUUUUCUUCCACAGCCAUGCCUCGGUACUACUGCGAUUAUUGUGAUACUUACUUGACCCACGACUCACCAUCUGUGAGAAAGCAGCACAAUGCAGGUUACAAGCACAAGGCAAAUGUGAGAUCCUACUAUCAGCAAUUUGAAGAGCAACAAACCCAGAGCUUAAUUGACCAAAGAAUCAAGGAACAUCUUGGUCAGGCUGCUGCUUUCCAACAGGUAGGGGCUGCUUACAAUCAACAUCUACUGGCUCAGAGGCCCCGACUUCCUGUUCUGCCAACACCAAUAAUGCCAAUUUCUGGGGUUGCCCCAUUGCCUGUCAAUUCACCAUUGGCCCCAGGGAUGAGGCCACCUGUGUUGCCAAGACCAGUUCCUGGUGCUCCAGGCUAUGUUCCUGCACCAGGUAUGCCACCAAUGGUUGCUCCACCUGGAGCUCCGUCCUUCCCAGUUCAACUAAAUGGUGUCCCUAGGCCUCCUACAUUGGUCUACCCGACAACUGUUCCUGGAAGCACAACAAUGACUUCUACUAGUGGAGCACCAACCAUGGUUACACCCACACCUUAUCAAGCCAAUCCUUCUGCGCCAACUAGUGGAGGCUUUGACAAUUUCAAUACCAGUGCCCAACCUCCGGAAGUUAGUCAUUAAAGUCUAAUUUAAGGUGCUUAAAAAGUGAGUCAUGCAUGUUACUGAACAUGGAGUUUGAAAAAUAGUGCUAUAUAUGGAAAGAAAAAUAUGGUGUUUGGCUAAAGCCUUGUAUUCUAGGGUAGGCACCAUAAGCAGUUGCUAUGAAACUGCUGACCUGAAAAAUGUUGUAGUUCGAUCCAAAAUGACAUGAAGACUGUCAGUUUCAUCAUUUGGAACCGUGAAGAAUUCGAGGUAGCCAUUCAAAAUCUAUUAUGUUAGUAUCAAUGUGUCACGCUAAGGAUUCUAAUU